CGUGAAACUGCGAGACGUGUCAUGAACUGAUAUUGUUCAUACUGUCCAGAAAAAGAGUCACCAUCAUGGGUCCACCACCGCUUGUGAUUCGCAACCUCAGCUCGACCCCUCUUGAGCUCAAGGUGAUAGAACGCUUCGAGACCCCGCAUAUCGAUGAGCCCAAAGGGUUUGCCAACAUCACUCGCAAUGUAACCCAUUUCGUUGUCUCGAACACUACUGGCAAUGUUCCUCCUGCUGGACCGAGUUUUGCACCGCUCAUGGAGCAUGCUCAAAGCUACGGGCAACAAGAGGUGUGCAUUCGUGUUGAUCCUUUCACUACCAACAGAACGGACAUCAACACUGCUGAAAGAUCAGAGAAGGACGUCCUCAGACUGACCUUCGAGUACGAGGGACAGCGCUAUCGAGUCGACACACGUACGACUACGCAGUCCCAGGAGUUGAUCCCGUUGUCUCCCGACCCGAGGAAGCAAUACACUGCCAUUUGGAUCGACAAGGAAAGCUAUCUGGCCAUCUACUCUUCCGCAAAUAUGAGUUGCUGGAUGAAAGAGAUGGCAGACGCCACACCACUCUCUGGUCUUUCAAUCCCUGGUACACACAACAGUCCCACUCACCACAAAGCCUUGCCUUCAGUCAGAUGCCAAGCAGUGUCACCUAAGGAGCAGCUACGUAACGGUGUACGCUUCUUCGAUAUCAGAGUACAGCCUGAAAAACCAGAGGAUUCAAACCACGAUGGUCUCGCUCUUGUACAUGGUGUGUUCCCCAUUUCGCUCACUGGGACGAAGCCUUUCCGCAAGCUCGUUGGAGACAUCCAAGAGUUCUUGCGCGAGAACCCAUCCGAGACCCUCAUCAUGAGUCUGAAGCGCGAAGGUCCUGGCGAGCAUACAGAUGAGCAGCUGUCCAACAUCGUCAAGCAGCACUACGCCAAUGACAACAAUCUCUGGUUCACUGAGCCUCGUGUUCCUUCACUGGGCGAGGCACGUGGCAAGAUCGUCUUGAUGCGUCGUUUCGCACUUGCCGAACCCUUGACUCAUGAAUGGGACGGUAGAGGAUGGUGUCUCGAUGCUCAGAAUUGGGCUUACAACACGCCAUGCGACAAUCACGGCUCUGUAUGUGUUCAGGACUUCUGUGAGGUUCUCGAGACCGAAAAUAUCCAGAAGAAGAUUGACUUCUGCUGCGAGCACUUUGAGCGCGCUGGUGCCCAGGUGUGCCCUGUACCUGGUAUCACCACAGAUGCUGUCAACCCUGUUCCUCCAGGCCCUCUUUACCUCAACUUCUUGUCCGCCAGUAACUUCUGGAAAGUCGGAUGCUGGCCGGAGCGUAUCGCUGCCAAGCUCAAUCCCGCUGUCACCGAGUUCUUGUGUUUGAAGCACGACACUGCUGAGGGUGACAAUAAGGGCGAUGGCGGUGUGGGCAUCGUGGUCACCGACUGGGUUGGCAAGGACGGUGAUUGGGAUCUGAUCAGAUGCAUUGUGGGAAUGAAUUCACGUUUGGAGCUCAGGGAAAAGCAGUAGAUGAUGACGAGUCUAUGAAAUACAUGAAGAAGGUCCUUUUGGGUGCACGAAAAUCGAUACUGAUAAUGUAGCGAAACUGCUUUUCUAUAUGUGCAUAUCACAAUAGCCAACAUUGUUCCGCACUUUGGUGUUGGUUUUGCGGAUCACAACCUAUUUCCUGCCUACACGACUUCCAUGCGAAGUAGCCGAGAGCGCCCUGGUGGUUCCUUCUCGCAGUAUCUGUCAUUGCGCAGCAGGAAUACCGGUAAUCUUGCUUGCUGAGUAUCGUCUUCAGUCCAUCAUCGGUCUUAAUCUGAUCCAACUAGUGUACA